CUGGGGAAGAGAAUUACUGUGACUAUAAAAAGACUGCCCAUUAGUCAUCACUCACUCAUAUAGAGGCGGUAAUCUGUAGAGUAAAGACUGCCCUUUUCCUCCAAAGAAUAAGCCAUGGUUCGUUGAGAAAAAACAGAGCUCUUGACACACUGCACACAACCACUCCGCCGCAAACUGCGGGCAAGCUGGAGCCACAUGCACGUACAGUGGUACGUAUACGGGGUGGUGCGACCUGCGCGCGUGUGUGUGUACGUAAUAGUAUAUACGUGUGCCACACUUGCGCAUGCGCGGCGUGUCCGCGAGUUUAGUCAUCAUGUGGAGCCGUGGAAGAGGUUAGCUCUUACUUUUCACUUGCCUCUGACAGUAUCCUCUCGGGGACCAGGGGUAGGUACAGUUUCUCUGCUGUGCAGACUCAGCUCCGUCGCCCAGACACCAACUUCUGGGGGUUUUAGAACACGUGAGGUAGGAAGAGAACAAAUGCUUUCCCAGAAUGAAAGUAACAGAAUCAAUGUGGCUGAAAUUGUGCGGCAGUUCCAACAUAAAGAUGGGGACACAGGAUCAACUCCGGUGCAAGUGGCUGUACUGACCCACAGGAUCAGUCACCUAACAGAGCACGUGAAGAGGAACAGAAAGGACUUCAGUUGUCAGCGUGCGCUGGUAAAGAUGGUACACCAGCGCAGAAGGCUACUGCAGUAUUUGGAGCGCAGUGACCAUAAGGCCUACCACAUGCUCCUUUCUCAGCUCCAACUGCGGACCCCGAGGCCACUGUCCUACUCCAGACCCAAAUCUUGAACUUUUGUCAUUAUUGACUUAUGCACUGUGUAUUACAACUACGGAUCAGAUUUCAGGUCUGUCACUAGUUUGUAGUGUCCUUUUGGCUGCAGUUCCAUGAUGGCAAACUGGCAAUUGUCAAAGUUCCAUAGCUUGUGAAACUUCCCCACGCUCCAGUGGUAGUAUCUGGUGAGGAAGAGUCGGCAGAACAGUCCGUGGGUGACAAUGAUGGUGUUCUGGCCACACGUUCCUUUCUCCAUGUCCCUGUAGAGGGUCUCCAGGAACAUGGAGACUCUGUCAAACACAUCUGCUCCA